AUGGGCUCUAUAGCUAGAUCUGCCAGCGAGAGCUUCGAUGUCAUGAUCGUUGGCGCCGGUCUCUCUGGCAUCAAUUCUGCAUAUCGAAUCCAGACUGAGCUUCCGGGAUACAGCUACACAGUCCUCGAGUCCCGCGACGCAAUUGGGGGGACGUGGGAUCUUUUUCGCUACCCAGGCAUUCGAUCGGAUUCAGACCUGCACACAUUCGGAUUCCCAUGGCGUCCAUGGACGGAACACAGAGCGAUUGCCGCGGGAGAGGCGAUACGGAAUUACAUUCGAGAAUCCGCUGAGGAGUUCGGCAUUGAUAAGAAGAUUAGAUUUGGGAACAAGAUGCUUUCUGCAGACUGGUCUACCGAAGAGCAGAACUGGAACAUGUUGGUUGAUAGUAAUGGAGAGGAGAAGCUGUACAAAGCUCGUUUCAUUAUCUUUAGUACUGGCUACUACGAUUAUAAUGAGCCGCUGAAGACCACCAUACCCGGAAUCGAGAACUUCAAAGGCACAAGAAUACACCCUCAGUUCUGGCCAGAAGACCUCAUCGUGGAUUCCAAGAAGAUCGUAAUCAUCGGGAGCGGGGCAACUGCAGUCACCCUCCUCCCAAUCCUCGCCCAAACCGCCAAGCAUGUAACGAUGCUUCAACGAUCCCCAACAUACAUCCUAAGCAGACCAUCUGUCGACCCUGUAGGAACAUUUCUCCGCAAAGUCUUCCCCAGCUGGAUCGCAAGCCGUAUCGUGCGCUACAGAUUCCUUGUCCUACCCUUCCUUUUUUCCAAAUUCUGCAGCGCCUUCCCAGAAGCCGCGCGGAGAAUAAUCCACAAGCGCGUGAAAGCCGAACUCCCACCCUCAAUGUCCAUCGACCCCGACUUCAACCCGCGAUACAAUCCCUGGGAACAGCGUCUAUGCGUCUGUCCCGAUGGAGAUUUCUAUGAAUCGCUUCGCAACGGGAGUUCGGAUGUGGUGACGGAUACUAUUGAGCGGGUUACGGAGACUGGGAUUGAGACGGUGGGAGGCAAGGUCAUCGACGCAGACAUAAUCAUCACAGCCACCGGCCUGAAAAUGCAACUCGCCGGCGGGGCUACCCUCUCCCGCGACGGCACCCCGCUGUCUCUCCCCUCGACAUUCGCCUGGAAUUCCACCAUGCUGUCCGACGUCCCCAACGCAGCUCUCGUGAUUGGGUACGCGAAUGCAUCUUGGACGCUAGGCGCGGACGCGGCCGCGAAACUCGUUAUACGAUUACUAAAAUACAUGCGCAAGAAUGGUUUUAGUAGCGCUAUGCCGAGGGUUGGGGAUGUGGGGAUGAAGAAGCAAAAUUUGCUCAAUUUGAAUAGUACGUAUGUGGAGAAAGCAAAGGGGGAUUUGCCGAGUGCGGGGGAUAAGAAGCCUUGGUUGCCGAGGAGUAAUUAUUUUGUUGAUCUUUGGGCCGCGUCGUAUGGGAAUUUGACGAGGGGCUUGGAGUUUACUUCUGCUGCUGAUGCGGCGAGUAAGAAGGUUAAUUAA